GAAAAAGAAGCUACUGAUUCACCACCAUUGAAAAAAGCUAAAGUUGAUUUACAGUCUCUACCAACUAGAGCCUAUUUAGACCAAACAGUCGUACCAAUAUUACUACAGGGCAUGUCUGUCUUAGCUAAAGAAAGACCUCCAAACCCAGUAGAGUUUUUAGCAGCCUAUUUAUUGAAGAAUAAAAAUCAAUUUGAGUGA